UUGAGAGGGAUCUCUACAGAAGUGGAAUCUUUUUCUGAGCUUUAGGUUUACCGACGACUCUCCAAUACAUCUGCAAAGAUACUACAACAUAUCCGACUUCAUCAGGGAUGGUAUAUUACAUAUCUUAACGUCCUGGACUUUCGCCAUCGCUGUCCCUAGAGUUGACACAGCAGUCUGGCGACCUGCAACGUUACACCUGCGGAAAAGCAGAGCUUCCUGACUAUCAUUACUCCUUUUCAUGCUCUGACAAAUUUAUACCUGUGAAAACAGUCUGCACGCAGGUGCCGUUGCGUCCGCUAGCCAGCAGAGACCUUCACCUCUCACCUCAAGUCUGUUUGCUGAAAAAUUGAGGGAGCGGGUUUUCAAAACUAUGAGGGGGCUCAUUCCCAUCACAAGGAGUACAGGAAUCUUUUGCAGUCUUUUGUUCCUUGUUUUCGCGUUGAGCUUCAUAUAUUUAAGAUAUCUGUCGAGGCUCAGGUCUAUGGACCAACUGCUGCCGAUCAGUGACGAACCGAGAGAACACGUCAUUUUAGGCGACACGCUGAACUUUGGGGUCAGAUCGGCCGUUCAGACGUGCACAUCGUGGAAAGCUCCUGUCAUCUGGGAGGGAAUGUUUGACCCUAAUAUUUACGACCAGAUGCACGUCCAACUCCAGUCAUCUGUGGCCCUCACUGUGUUUGCUGUGGGCAGGUACCUGGAUGCCUACCUCGAGACUUUCCUUACCUCUGCAGAAAAACACUUUAUGUGCGGAUUACCAGUGACAUAUUAUGUGUUUACGGAUCUACCAGAGAAGGUACCACACAUCGAGCUUGGGCCUCAGCGAAGCAUGAAGGUUAUCCAGGUUGAAAAGCACUCCAGGUGGCAGGACAUCUCUAUGAUGCGCAUGAAGACGAUAUCGGAAGCCAUUGAAUCGGAGAUCCGUCACCGCUGCAAUUAUGUCUUCUGCUUUGACGUGGAUCAAGAGUUUAAAGGCAGGUUUGGCUCAGAGGCUCUGGGACAUUCUGUGGCUCUGCUCCACGCCCACUUUUACAAACUUCCAAAGCGGAGGUUCACCUACGACAGAAACCCCAAAUCCAAAGCCUACAUGGAAACCGGAGAUUUCUACUACCACGCUGCUAUCUUUGGGGGAUUGUGGGAAAAUGUGAAGAAUUUGGUAGACGCCUGCUAUCUGAGCAUCAUGGAGGACAAAUUAAACAACGUGGAGGCUCUGUGGCACGAUGAAAGUCAUCUAAACAAGUACUUUUGGCUGCACAAACCAAGCAAGGUGCUCUCCCCUGAGUAUUGCUGGGACGAGAGUAUUGGUGAAAAGGGGGACAUACUGGUCACCCGCCUGGUAUGGGCACCCAAACAUUACGACACACUUCGUAAGCCGUAGACUGGCUAGAAGAGCCGUAAAAUUGAAUAACUGUGAGAGAAAAGUGCAAGAUUGUUUACUAUUGUUCACUCAAAUUAGAAUAUAAUGACAUUAAAUUUGGAGUGAUAAUGGGGGAUCAAAAAAGGGAAAUAGUGUAAAAUAAUUAGCCUGAUUCUUAUGGCCAAACAAUUUAUACACAGAUGUAGAUUUAUUGAUCCCAGACCACUGUUCUUAGUCUUCAUGAAGGAGAAAAUUUUUAAGGAAGCUCUGAAAUGUGUAAAAACCAAAGAAGCCUUGGUUAUUUAGAAAAACAUACAUAUAUUGAUUUCUGACCCUUUUAUUUACUCUGUUUGUUUCCCCAUAUUUUUACAGAUCUGUGCUCAGUCUGCCUUUUGUACUGUCAGUACUUCGUUACCAACUUGAUUUUGUAUGGGCUUAACUUUAUGUACACAAUAUGCGUAGUGUGCAAACCUCAACAAUUUCGAGAUUCCUGAUUACAAGGCGAGCUGUGCUGCGUGAACAGCAUACCGGUCUGGAGACUUUGAAAGUCAUGUAGUGUGUGCAUGGCAUCCCCACCCUGAAUCCUGAAAGGCGCAUAAUCUGCGGCAGAUCCACAUAUACUGAAACCACCUGAAAGGGAACUUCUCUUGGAAGGAGAAAUGGAAAAAUGAAUUGGACAGCGAAGCAGUGAAACAGCAAAACAGCCACAGGAAGUGUUGAGUUUCACUGAAAGAAGCUCAAAACCAGUAAAAACAAAAAAAAAAACCAAAAAGCCCAAUAAAGCAAAGUAAAAGUGUUUGGAAUGAAUUAGUAAAUGAAAUGAAAACAGUAUUUCUGUGACAUCUUGAGUCAGUUAUUCGGUCCUCUCUCCAUCCAAAGAUUACAGGCUUCCCUGAUAAACUGCCAAGUGUCUGCUUAGGAGAAAUGGGUUUAAAGUUGAGACUGUAAUUACUCACAGCAAAUGCUUCCCGGAGGUGUUUGUCCAUAUUUUAUUGCCAUAUGUUCUCUAGACGUUACUGAUAAUAUGUUAGUCCGCACACGCGUUGUGAAUGUGAAACUUGUGAACUGCUGAUUGCUUGCGAUUAAUGAUAGUGAUAAGGCCAGGGGGUGGUCAGAGAAGCAUUCACGACCCCCCAGAGAGAGAUGCAAUACUGUUGGUCUGACUUUUUAUCUAGCACCACCGAGACUUUUUUUUUUAGGGGAAAUGUCUCAACAACUCUUGGGGGAAUUGCCAUGAAAAUUUGGUCCAUAUAACCAUGGUGAAUUUUGGUUUUGAGUGAAAUGUCUUCGGAGUUAUUGGAUGGAUUGCCAUGAAAUUUGGUACAGACGUACGUGUGCCUCGCUGGAUGAAUUUCACAAAGACGGGUGAAUCCUUUAAGUUGCCAUUAGCAGGUCAAAAUUUCACUUUGUCCAGCAUUGUUGUUGUGUGCAUGUUAGCAUCCUUUGAGACCGGCCCAACCCUGACCAACCCUUUACAUCGGUGAGCACUUUUUCUUCAUCCCUGCCUUCUUCUGGUGCAUUGCUACAUUUCACUUCAUCUCUGUGCAUCACUCGGACAGGACACAAACUCAGAUGCACUAACAAGGGAAAUCCUGUUGCACUAACCAAAUAAACCUGCUUAUCAUAAAAACUACCAAGUGUAUUUGAUAUUGUGCAAGGGAAGUUUACACUGGCCCAACCGUAAUUGCAAGUUAUUUAAGCAUAUUGAAGAAAUUUUAAAUUAUUUUGUAGGCUGUGCAUUAACGGUAACACAGUAUCAGCAUUACAGAAUAUAGGAUAUUGAUAUUAUUUUGAAAUUUAUUUUUUUUGUAUAUUGAUGAAGCUGAUUUUUGAUUUAUACUAAUAUAAAGGCUAAAGCAUCUUAUGUGGCAAUAAAUAAUGUGGUGCCCCUUUGCUCCGUUGAUCGUGAACUUGUACUUCUAACGUACAUUAUUUUACAGAACGACUAUGAGAGAACAAAUAAUUUUGUUGGACUUUACCUUUUGUGUUUUUAUUGUGUAUUAUAUAUUUGAUUUUUUUUUUGGCUACAUUCAUAAUGAUCAGAGUGGUAAUGAUGUUUACAAUGACCAUAAAGAUGGUAAUAAUGUACUACAAAGGAUCAAGGGGAAAAUAGCUAAUGUUGCAUGAUAUUUAUUUUGUUUAUUUGUUUGUUUAAAUGAGGACUAAUAAGGCAAAUAUUAGGGAAAACUGUGGCGGGUUUGGGUCUGAUUGAUUAUGUUGAACUUACAUUUUCCUGAACUUACAGAUGAGCUUCCCUUUUAAAGCUGAUUUAUAGUACAGAUAUGUGCAUUAUGACCAGUAAUGAUG